CCCCUUAUUAAUUAUCAAAAUGGCGACGAAAAAUUCUCAGAUUGAUUCUAGGAGCGAAUUAAUCGAAUUGGUCAGAAGGCGUGCUGAGAUUGCGGAAACAUUAGCCAAUCUAGAAAGACAAAUAUAUGCCUUUGAAGGAAGUUAUCUUGAAGAUACCCAGUUAUAUGGAAACAUUAUCCGUGGAUGGGAUAGAUAUCUCACAAACACAAAAAAUACAAAUAGUAAGGCAGAUAAAAGAAACAGAAAAUUUAAAGAAGCAGAUCGUUUGUUCUCCAAAUCAUCGGUAACAUCUGCAGCUGCUGUCAAUGGUGUUUCAGAUCAAGUCGAUAGAAGACAGUCCCCUAGUCCAGAUCCACCCAAUAUUCCAUCAGGAGCCAAUACUCCCAGCAGUCAGACUAAUGGAAGUGCCUCGCCACCAUCUAUUACUAAUAAUGGUUCACACAUACCAUUACAAACUAAUCACUCAGGCAAGGUUCAGAAAAAUGCUCUUCGACACAAAAAGAAUAAGAAUAAAUCAAGACAUAGGCCAGAUGUAAAAUUAAGAAAAGGGAAAGAUGUUAAAUGAGAGUUGUUCAUUGAUUGAAGAAAUCAAAUAACUUUCCGAAUAAAAGUGUUCUGUCAAUGCCCAAAAUUUGUUAAUAGAGAUGAUUGGUGAGAUCAAGAUAGUCGUUUGGUGUACAGAUUUUUAAAAACAAAUACAUCAUGUUAUACUGUUUACAGAAUGAUAAUUUAAUAGUUUGAGACAUGGCCAUUGGCUAUAUAUAAUUUGAUCAUGUGAUAUAUGGCUGUUAUAAAUUGUAAUAAAGAUGUCUAAAGGAAUUUAGAAUCAAAUAUAUAAACUGAAAUUCAUUUAUUGAUAAAAUUGGACUAGGAGGGACUCUUCUAGUCCAAUGUUGGGAUUUCAAAAUUUUUCUUGUCAGUUUUACCGAAAAUAAAGGGACAUAACUCUUAUCGUUAUUUAAGCAGUAUUUAGUAUAUAUCAGUUAUCUCUAUCUGUAUGUGAUAAUAUACUAAAUACUGAUUUGCAUAGACCGCAGAACAUCUGGACACCUCAAAGGUACAAUUAGUACAAAAGACUCCCUAAUAUCAUGUGAAUAUUAAUAGGACUGGUAGCUAUAUAGCCCUUUGUAAACAAUUGUUAUAUUUUAGAAAAGAGAAUAGGAUGUUAAUCCCAUUUCAAUUUCUAUAUUUUAGAAAUUCAAAAUUCUUUAAACAAGGUUGAGAUUCACUUCUUUAAAAUGCAAUCAAAUGUAAUAUUUAUUGUGUGUAAAUUGAUUGUUAUCACCCUUUCUCCUGUAUUCUAUUAUAGUUGUUGGGUAUAACCAGUAGUAUUUGUUUUGUGCAGAUAGCAGAUUUUUUCUAAUGGCAUGUGAAUUACCUACAUCCCUUCAUUAUCCCUCAUUUACACUUAUAUUUGUCUGUUCAUCCACUGUCCACAAUUCAUUGUGAUGGUUCAAGCUGAAAAUUAUUUACAGAUUAAUUGAACACGCUUGUGUUCUUGGGGACCUUUAUAGACUGUUAUUUAAAAAAAAAGGUGUAACCUGGUCUGGUGUGUACUCAAAAUUGUUUGUCAUAUUUUUUGUUUAUAAAGUCUUUCAGUGACAAAACUGUUUUAAUAUUGUUUACUGUGUGUACAUAUUUUAUAUAUACCUACCUACCUACAAUACUUAUUGACCAUGUUAAAAUAAACUGCUAGAUAUAGCAUGUAAGAUAUGUGUCAUGACAGAUCAGAUUUUUAAUCUCAAUUUUUAAAUAUUCAUUGUAAAAACUAUGUUACUUGUCAUGUAAAUAAAUUGUUAUCUUGUUGAA